AAAAAAAAAUAUUUUAAAAUGAAAUUUUUCACAAAUUUUAAAAGUCUCUUAUUAAUUGUGCUGACAAUUUUAAGUGCCAUGAUGUGUCAUGCUGUUGUACAUCGUUCUUUGGAGGAGGCUCGCCUCGAACGUCAGCGUUUAGUGCAAAAAUAUAUAAAAACUUUGAAUAAAGAAGAGGGUGCCAUACGUUUGGUGGGCGGGGAUGUGGAAUAUGAAGGCAACAUCGAGGUUUUACACAACAAUCGCUGGGGCUCUGUUUGUGAUGAUGAAUGGGAUGCAACAGAAGGUCAAAUUGUAUGCGAACAACUUGGUUUCCCUGGCCUACGCAAGGUGACCCACAGUGGUUACUUUGGACCAGCUAAGAAACGUUUUUGGAUGGAUAAUCUCUUCUGUGAAGGCCACGAAAAAGAACUGACUCACUGCCAUUUUGAUGGCUGGGGCAUUCACGAUUGUGAACCCAGCGAGGCAGCUGGUGUAAUAUGUAUUGCCCCUGCCGGUCUCGAACCAGAACCAGAAGUAAGACCUGAAUAUUAUGAGCCCAAAUUUAGAAUACACUAUACCCACAGAAUGGAUAUACGCCUGAGAGGGGGUAGAACACCCAAUGAGGGCCGUGUAGAAGUACGUUUGAAUAAUGGCAAAUGGGGCACCAUUUGCUCAGAUGGUUGGUCACUGCUGGAGGCUAAUGUUGUCUGCAAACAAUUGGGUUUGGGCUAUGCCCGUGAAGCUCUGCAAUCCGACUAUUUUGGUGGCUCUGAUAUGUCAGCACCUCUCAUUAGUGGCACUGAGUGUUAUGGCAACGAGACCUCGUUGAGUGAGUGUUUGCAUCAUGAUCAUUUGCGUGGAGCACCCUCGUGCCAUGGCACACGUAAUCAUGUGGCUGUGGUGAUGUGCGAUCAUUUGGCGCCAGAUCUAGUUGUUGAUUUCUAUGAAAUUGAACAUACAGCUCAUUUGGAAGAUCGUCCAAUGGCUCUCAUGCAGUGUGCAAUGGAGGAGAACUGUGUGGCUAAUGAAGCCUACGAAAUACAACGUGAUGAUCCCAAUUGGCGUUAUGCCACACGCCGUUUGCUAAAGUUUACAGCCAGUGCUUUGAAUGCCGGCAAUACAGACUUUCGGCCGUUUAAGGAUAAAAGCAUGUGGGAAUGGCAUAUGUGUCAUAUGCAUUAUCACAGCAUGGAGGUGUUUGCUACUUUUGAUAUUUUCGAUAUGGCCGGCAUUAAGGUGGCCCAGGGUCAUAAGGCCUCAUUUUGUCUGGAGGACAGCCAAUGUCUGCCAGGCAUACCCAAGAAAUACAAUUGUGCCAAUUUCGGAGAUCAAGGCAUUUCCGUCAACUGCUCCGAUGUCUAUUUAUACAACUUGGACUGCCAAUGGGUUGAUAUAACCGAACUGAAUACCGGCUCUUACACUUUGAAAAUUGCCAUAAAUCCUGAAUUCAAAGUGUCUGAAAUGAAUUUUGACAACAAUGCUGCCAUAUGCAAUCUAUUGUAUACCGAAACCUAUGCUCGUGUCGACAACUGUCGUUUAGUGAGACCUUAAAGGAACACCUCAAAUCUAGAGGUGUUAGCCACAAAAAAGUGAUGAAAAAGUGAUUUAAAUCAAGUGUGAAUUAUCAGUGCCAAAUAUUUUAAAA